AUGUUCCUAUUACGUAACGAUAUCCAACUUGAAUGCCAUUGGCUACAAAUAAUUUGGAUUAGAAUAUUCAAAAUAUACCAGCAUUUUAAAACCAGGAAUCACUAUAACUUGUUGAAUGUUUACACGGUUGAAGUCAGUCUUUCAGACAUGUCUGACACAGAACUUACUUAUGACAGUUAUCUUGGUCUAGAUAAAUUGCUCCAUUGUCAGGAUCUGGAGACUGAAAAGGCUGGGAAUAAAGUCGACGAAGAACACCUAUUUAUCAUUGUUCACCAAGUGUUUGAGCUUUGGUUUAAACAAAUCCUUGUAGACCUACGUACAAUUGUAGGAACGUUUCCAAAGCUUGAUGUUAAAAACAGAGAUUUUGCUGGGAUACCAUCAAAGCUCGGACGAAUCAUUCUUAUUCUAAAGUUAAUCAUUGGUCAUUUUGAAAUCAUUGAAACGAUGCCUCCGGCCACCUUUCUCAAUUUUAGAAAAUACUUAAAAAGUGGAUCUGGAUUUCAAAGUCUACAAUUCCGUCUAAUUGAAAACACCCUAGGUCUUCUGAAGGAAACAAGGAAAGCACACAAACAAGGCAAGGACUAUACAGACGAAUUUAACGCAACACAAAGGGUAGAAGCAGAAAAGUCCGAAAAAGGGCCUUCAUUGUUUGCUGUUUUUGAGAAUUGGUUGGAAAGAAUAUUUAGAGAGUUUGUUGAUGACAAAAAAACUUAUUGUGAUGGCUUGGAAAAAAUGGUGGAUGCAUGGUCGAAGGAUGCUGGUAACCAAUGCGACAAGGAUGCAUUAAUGGGAAUAAUAGAGGAGAAGAAGUACGAAAAGAGUGGUAAACGGCUCAGUUAUGAAGCAUUUCAUGGGGCGCUGCUGAUUUCACUUUACCAAGAAGAUCCAGAAUUCCAGAAGGCAUAUGAAACAAUUAAACUUGUGAUGGAUGUUGACGCUCUAGUCUCAAAAUGGCGCCAUUCCCACGUGUUGAUGGUACAUCGGAUGCUGGGCAAGAAAACAGGAACUGGUGGCACGUCGGGAUACGACUACCUUAAAAAAACUAAUGAGGACGACUACAGAGUAUUUAUUGAACUCUUCCACUUGUCUGCAUUUCUUAUUCCUUACGAAUACAAACCAAAAGCGGCACUUUACAAACAAGGCGAAUAGAAAUGUCGACGUUUAAUUUAUACUACAAUACGUGUUUAUCAAAUACAUAUUUGACAUUUUGUGCUGAUGACACUUCAAAACUAUAUCAAACCAAGCGUAUAAAUAUUUCAUGAAUAUUUUCAUCGAUUUUUACAGUUUGCUUUUAUUAACAAUGAGAGAUAAUCCCAUAAAUAAAUUGAAUUGUCAACUAUCUCAUGACUUUCGUUGAAAAAAAGACAUGUUUAUUUACGAUACUUUUAGGUAUUUCACAAUUUUUAAUGAAUCUUGUGAUGUAUGUACAUUGCAUAAUUAUAUUCAUUAAUCUGUUAUUUAAUUUGAAUUUUAUGCUUUCAAUAGUCUUUGUAUACAGCAUUAUCAUGAAAUCAUUUAAACUUUUUCUGGCUCAGUAUUUGUGGAAUACAAGUAUCCAAGAUCCGAGAAUCUAUACAAGUUUAUCAAAUGCAACUAUUUCUUUUGAAGAUGUAAGUGAAUACACGAAAUAAUUAAAAGGUCCUUAAGCACCUUACAAAUUUAAGCAAUCCACGAACAUUUUUCCCAUGAAUUCAAUGGUUUCACAGUAGUUUUGAUAAAUGAAAAUCAUUAAAUUGUGAUAUGAGUUUUAUGCAUUUUCUAGAUUUGCUGUCUUUGAAAGUUGUUGAUUGUUUUUAAAAUGAUUUUUCAUAAAAUUCUUUGCAAAAUU